AUGAGAAAUCGAUAUGAAUUAUAUUAUGAAACGAAAAAUAAAUUGCUUGGAUAAGGAGCAUUUUCUUAAGUGUUUUUGGGUGUUAAAAAAUCAAAUUAAUAAAAAGUUGCUGUUAAAAUUAGUAAUAGAAAUCUUGCCAUCUCUUAACAAGAGAAAAUGAUAUUGAAACAAUUAUCUUAAUUUAAGCAUUAAAAUGUAGUAUAAUUACUUGAUAUUUUUGAUUAACCAGAAGCCUUAUUUAUUGUUUAAGAAUAUUGUCCUGGUGGAACAUUAUAUGAAAUGAUGACAACUAAAUCAUUUACUGAAGAAUAAAUUGUAAAUAUAGCACUUUAAAUUGCUAAUGGUUUAGCCUUUUUACAUAGCAAAAAUAUUGUUCAUAGAGAUAUUAAACCUGAGAAUAUUUUAAGAUAUGUUGAUGAAUAAGGAAUUGAAAUCUAUAAAAUAACAGAUUUUGGUUUAAGUAGUGUGAAAUUAGAUAGAAUGACUACAACUAAAGUUGGAACAGCAUAUUAUGUAGCUCCAGAAAUAUUGGAAAAAUAACAAUAUGAUAAAUCAGUAGAUAUUUGGGCAUUAGGCUUAAUUAUUGAUGAAUUAAUACAUAAAACACCCUUUUAUAAUGGAUUAACUGAAGAAGAAGUAUUUGGUAAAAUAAGAGCCAUAAGUUAUAUUAUAAGAGAUAAUUAAUAUGCAAAACCUGCAAUUUUUGAUAUUAAAAAGAAUGUAAUUAAAAAUAUUUUAAUUAAUUCUAUCUAAAAGGAUCCUAAAUUAAGAAAAGAUUUAACUUGGAUUAUAUAAACUCUAAGUGAAUAUUAUUUAUAAAGUCCUAAUUGUAGUUUUAAAAAAGAUUAUAGAAAUUUAUCUCUUUAAUCCCAAACUACAUCAUGUGAAUAACCAUAAAUGUUUUAAAUACCUACUUACUCUACUGAAUAAUAAUAAGUAGAAGAAUGUCCAUAUCAUUAAUAACCAUUUAAAUAUAAGAUUUUAGGAAAUGAUGAAAAUGCUAUUAUUAAUGCUUGUCAAAAAUGUCUCUAAAUUUAUGGUAUUUUUGAUCAAUAAGAAUUUUAAUAAUAUUUGGAAAAGACCAAUAUUGAAUUAAUUAAUUUCUCUGUAGAUUUAUAUUAUUCUUAAAAUGAAAUAAUUAUUGAAGCAUUAAAAUUACUUAAUCAAUUUAAACUAUUCUAAGAAAAAGAAAAACUAAUUUCUGAAUUGAGAAAUAUAGUAAUCAAACAUAAUAAAAUAUUGAGAUAAGAGUAUAUUUAAUAUUAAGAUGAUAUAUAAUCAAUGAAUAUUAAUGCAAAAUGGAUAAAUGAUGCAUUAAAAAUCAAUUAAACAAUCUCCAAAGACAUACCAAAUAAAAUAAUUCUAUACUUAAUAUCAAAAUGUCAAGAGAGAAAAGAUAUAUCACUUAUAGAAUGUAAAGAAUUCAUCAAAGAAUAACUUAAAUUACUAUAAUAAUAUAUAGUUUCUUUAUUAUGA